AUGGGUCCUUUUGUGGUUCUUCAGCUCCUCCUCCUCCUCCUGUUAUGGUGGUGGCCAGUAGUAGCAACAUCUGUCUCUUUGAAUUUUUCAGUGGCGAUGCCAGGUUGUCAAGAAAAAUGUGGAAACAUAACAGUUCCAUAUCCGUUCGGUUUUGGAGCUUCAAAUUGUUACAGACCAGGGUAUCAACUAAUCUGCAACCACAGUUACAACCCAGGCCCAAAGUUGUUCACGUUCAGCCAAUAUCAGGCACUGCAAGUUUUCAGUGUUUCAAUAGAGGGGCAGCUGCAAACUUUAUCCGUGUUAGCUAGAGAUUGCUACGGCAUCAGCGGUGAGAAUACGUUUAAUUUUGAUCCUUUGAACUGGUUGGGUGGCCCUUUCACUUACUCUGACACAGAAAACAGAUUCACAGUUCUGGGUUGUGACACUGUAGCAACCAUCUCAGACUGGCAGAACAAUUGGAAUUUCAGUAGUGGGUGUAUCUUGGCGUGUAAUAGUCAAAAUUUUGUGAAUAAUGGGACUUGUUCCAUUGGUUGUUGCCAGACAUUAAUCCCAAAGGGGUACAAGUAUUUGUACAUUAACAUCACCAGUUACCACAACCACACAGACAUUUGGUCUUUCAAUCCCUGCGGCUCUGCAUUCCUGGUUGGCAAGGAUUGGUUAAACUUCUCAUUGUCCUCUCUUUCCGACGGUUUCAACGUCACUAUACAAGAACUCCCAGUCGUGCUUGAUUGGGCAAUAGAGUGGAGUGAUCAGAACAAAACAAAGAACCAUUCAUGUCUGAACGAACCUAGUUAUGCAUGCGGCAAUAACAGCAAUUGUUCUGAAUCCAAGAAUGGUCUCGGUUACAGCUGCAACUGUACCAAAGGUUACCAAGGGAACCCUUACCUCCCUGUCGGAUGCCAAGGUAACCCAUUCCCCCCUCUCUCUUUCUCUCUCCCUUAUCUGUACAAUUUUUUUUUCUAA